AUGAUCUCUGAGCGUGCAGCUACAGCUCUCGCCACAGUAGCAACAAUAUGCUGGUGUGUCCAAUUAAUCCCCCAAAUAAUAUACAAUUGGAAACGUAAAGAUUGUACAGGUCUACCUCCCAUAAUGAUGUUCUUAUGGGUCAUUUCAGGUAUACCCUUUGCAAUUUAUUUUUGCGUCAGUAGAGGUAACGUCAUCUUACAGGUACAACCUCAUCUUUUCAUGUUUUUCUGUUCCAUUAGUUUUGUCCAAUCUUGUUAUUACCCCCCUACGAAAUUAGCCCUUUGGAAAAUCAUUACGGUUGUAGUGGGGAUUGCUAUAACGGAUAUCGGAAUGGAAGUGGGGUUCAUAUUGUGGUUAAGACCUUUAUAUGAUCGUGGUAUUCAUUGGCCUGAUUUAAUCUUUGGUAUUUUAGCAACUGUAUUGUUGGCUAUAGGGUUAUUACCACCAUAUUUUGAAUUGGCGAAAAGGAAAGGUCGUGUGGUUGGGAUUAAUUUUUGGUUCCUUUUCAUUGAUUCUCUAGGUGCAUGGUUCUCUAUUGUUAGUGUCAUUUUGGGGAAUAUGGAUGUAAUGGGGAUCAUAUUAUAUUGUGUCAUUGCAGGGAUGGAAUUGGGUAUCUUUAUAUCUCAUUUCAUUUGGUUUUUAAGAUUUAAAUGGUUUUCAAAGGAGAAAUUUGUAGAAAAAGAUAGUAAAGAUGCUGAUGAUGAUGAUGAAACAAACGUGGGAAAGAGUAGUGAUUCAUCCGACCCAGAGAAAAAUGAACAAGACCAAGACGAAGAUGAAGGAACUUCUUCGGAAUAA